CCACCGAAAGCAUUCUGAACAUUCUCAUUUCUCAUUUUCGGUCUUCGCACUUCCGCUCCGUCAAAACAACAUUAUCAUCAUCUCAUCAUCAGCACCAUCAUGCAGCCGGAAAACUCUGAACUCUACCGGUUUCUUGCCCAGAACGGCGCCGGUUUCUUCGGCUUCCCCGCUGCUCCUUGUCAUGACUUCUCUAAUCAUCCUUCGCUUUACCAGCAGCAGAGUUUCUGUAGCUCCUCUUCCUCGUAUUACUCCUUGGAGGUCUCGGGAACUACUGAUACGACUCCGCAGGAUAGAGCUCUUGCCGCUUUGAAGAAUCAUAAAGAAGCUGAGAAGAGAAGAAGGGAGAGAAUUAACUCUCAUCUCGACAAGCUCAGGACGAUUCUUCCUUGUAAUUCUAAGAUAGACAAAGCUUCUCUCCUAGCAAAGGUGGUUCAACGCGUGAAAGAGCUUAAACAACAAGCUCUUCAACUCACAGACCUCGAAUCCUUCCCGUCUGAAACAGAUGAAAUCACCGUGCUUUCGGGCGAUUACUCGAGCGAUGGAAGAUUGAUCUUCAAGGCCUCGUUAUGCUGUGAGGAUCGCUCUGAUCUUUUACCGGACAUUAUUGAGAUACUAAAAUCUCUUCAUUUAACCACAUUGAAAGCAGAAAUUGUCACAUUAGGAGGAAGAAUGCGCAAUGUUCUCAUCGUCGCAGCCGAGAAAGAUCACAGCAUUGAGUCAGUCCAUUUCCUGCAAAAUGCAUUAAAAUCCUUGCUUGAAAGAUCUAAUUCUAGUGAUCGUUCUAAAAGGAGACGGAUGUUGGAUCAAAAAAUAAUGAUCUAAUAUAUAUAUUAGCUCAUUUCUCUUUAGCUUCUACCUUCAUGUUUCAAUUCAUGGUUUAGUGUGUGUGAGCAGAUUGUACUACUACGUGUGUGGGCUAAUUGCUUGUUUUAUUCAACCCAAGAAAAAAAGAAAUUAGAAAGAAAAAUCAGAGUGACAGUGUGGGUUUGUUAACUUUGUCUAGCUAGGGUUUUUAGUUAAUGUAAAAUAAUCUUCUCUACAUCUGAAUAUCUUCCAUGGGUAAAAAGUGAGAGAGAAUCUUAGAAUCUCUGUGAUGAAGAAGAAGAAAUUUUGUACGUAAUGUGUCUGUAGAAGCAAUGUUUCUGUGAGUUCCCAAGUUGGCUGAUAUUUAUAUAUAUAAAGCAAGCCUAUUGUUUAGCUGUUUCAUAUA